UAGUAAAAGGAGGGAACGUCUGUGACUCAGAGCGAGGGAAAGGUUUUCAGAAGAAGCCUUGGGUAGAGACUGUUUGCUUUGGCUUGGUUCCCUUCUUUUAUUUACUGAAUUCCACAGGUGACCAACACACAAAACAGCUGAAAAUGAAGUUCAUCAUCGGCAUCGGAGGAGUGACCAACGGUGGGAAGACCACUUUGACACACAGACUUCUAAAUACAUUACCUAACUGCUGUGUGGUGCAUCAGGAUGACUUCUUCAAGAAACCCGAUCAAAUAGAAGUCGGGGAGGACGGCUUUAGACAGUGGGAUGUGAUCAGCGCCAUGGACAUGGAGGCGAUGGUUAACACAGUGAAGGGUUGGCAGGAGAACCCGGUCAAGUUCGCCCGCUCUCACGGGGUCAGCCUAUCACCUGAAGCUGACGAGUCCGACUCGGAGGAGAAGAGGAUCCAUAUUCUCAUCAUCGAGGGGUUCCUCAUCUAUAACUACAAGCCUCUGAUCGACGCCUUUGACAAAUGUUACUACAUUUCCAUUCCUCGUGAGGAGUGCAAAAGGAGGAGAAGUACAAGGUCAUACACAGUCCCCGACCCCCCCGGCCUGUUCGACGGCCACGUCUGGCCCAUGUACUUGAAACACAGGGAAGAGAUGGAGAGCAACUGCGACACAUUAGAGUGUCUCGACGGGAUGACAUCUAAGGAGGCCAUUUACAACACAGUCUAUGAAAGCAUUCAGAACUCCCUGCUGAACAAAUCAUAGCAGGACGGGGUCAACAGCGGACUUGUGUAUAGACUUGUAAAUAUGAUGUUGAGUGUAACACCAGCUCGGUACUUCUAGACUGAUCUGUAAAUAGUCAAUCAUGUAACUUAUUAAGAACUAAUGGCAGAAGUUGUUUUGUUUUCUAUAAUCCUGUAACUUUUUCUAAAAUGAUGAGCCACCUCUUGACUGCCCCGUGUUUAACAUCAGGGGCAGAUAUCAAAUCAGAUCGAAGUCAAAAUCCUCACUGGGAGGAACGAUUUGUGUUAUGCCACUUAAAGAAAUGACUGAAUCCAU